UUACUCUUUUAUCUGCUGAUCUAUAACAUUGACUGUAUGAAGAUGGACAACGUGAGAGCCCCUGGUGGCUGGCUGGUGUAGGUCACAAACCCUGACAUGUUGUGCAAACUCACUCUGAUUAUGUUGAUUCAGACUGAAAGGAAACGGUUGCUGUAGAGAUCUGCUCCUGUUUUGAUUGAAAGCUCGACCUCGAUGUGAGGUUAUGUUCUCGACGUAAUUUGUUGCCCUUCAAAACAAAUCCAUCAGAGUAUUACCUUGACUUGAUUACUACAAUAACAAUGUUCCCUGUCAUUAGUUUUGAAUAUUUGCCCGGGUAACAUCCUGUUUUUACCAGCUCGAUCUCUGUAGGAAGCACUGAAUGUGGUUUCUGUGGUAACAGCUGCGUCACUGCGCCCGUCUGGAGUCAUGAUAUCAUUUUCUCCCAUCAUCCCUGCUGAGUCCCUGCAGAGCGCUCGCUGUGAUUAAAACAGUUGGAAUUGGAAUCAAUUUUUCAUUCGCAGCCACUUGUCUUCGGUCGACUUCAUUUUGCUACUUUGCAGAUCAUGUUGUUGUGUGAAGCCCCUGAUUGCAGAUUAGUGCUUGCAUCCCACCUCACGCUGUAAAUAAAGAAGCGGUAUAUUACACGCUGUAAGCACUUCCUGACAUUUAUGGAUGAUGCUGAAAUUCUGCGGUGACAUUAAUGCUGAGACGCUGCCUUUUCCGUCUUGUUCUAGUCUUUGUGGAAGUUUUUGUUCUCUUCGAAUGCGUGUCCCUGUGUAUGAGCAACAUUUGUGCAUCUGUUAUUGUUUAUUGGUGCUUUGUGCAUUUUUUUUCUUCCUGUGUAGAACCCGGCCAACCGAGGACUGCUUUCCCUGUAGACUUGACAGGAGCGGAGUACCAGGACAUCGAGGUCCACCUGCGCAGACAGAAAUCUGGGUUUGGGUUCCGGGUGCUUGGCGGAGAUGAGGCCGGGCAGCCUGUGAGUCCGGAGACGCGUGAGAAGAUCUUGAUCGGGGCGAUCAUCGAGAAGAGUCCGGCAGAUCUAGACGGGCGCUUACGGCCUGGUGAUGAGCUGCUGUUCGUGGACGGGAUCCCGGUGGUGGGGAAACCUCACAGAUACGUCAUUGACCUGAUGCACGGGGCGGCACGAAACGGUCAGGUCAGCCUGGUCAUCAGGAGGAGAGUACAGGCGGCAGGUGAGCCCUGCCCGGAGAACGGCCGCAGCCCGGGCUCGGUCUCCACGCAGCACAGCUCCCCUCGCAGCGACUUCACGUACGGCAACAGCACCUGCACCAACCCGGCGCCCAACACCUGCACGGGCAACGUGGCAUCUUCAGACGGGACGUCGACUCCCAACGCCCAACCCAGUGACGUCAUCAUCAACAGAAAGGAGAGCGAGGGCUUCGGCUUCGUCAUCAUCAGCUCGCUCAACCGGCCCGAGGCGGCCGCCGCUAACACUGUGCCCCACAAAAUCGGCCGCAUCAUCGAGGGAAGCCCGGCCGACCGCUGCGGGAAGCUGAAGGUGGGAGACAGGAUACUGGCGGUGAACAGCCAGUCCAUCGUCAACAUGCCCCACGCCGACAUCGUCAAGCUGAUCAAGGAUGCAGGCCUCAGCGUCACCCUGAGGAUCAUACCGCAGGAAGAGAUCAGCAACCCCCCAUCGGCCCCCAGCUCAGAGAAGCAGAGCCCCAUGGCCCAGCAGCACAGCCCUAAGACGCAGCCCAGCAUCGUGGCCUCCGAGCCCAGCCCGGCAGCGACGGAACUCAACCCCUCCGUCAGCCAACCCAACCCCGUGCCCCAUCAGAGCCCUGUGACCCAGCUGCCCGCCCCUCCACCUCAGACCUACACCCACGAGAGCAGUUACAGAUCAGAAGUGAAGGCGAGGCAGGACGUCAAACCAGACAUCCGACAGCCGCCGUUCACGGAUUACCGACAGCCGCCGGUGGACUACCGGCACCCACCUGUGGCGGACUACCGGCAGCCGCCCACGUUGGACUACAGACACCCGCCGCUGCUCGACUACAGACAGCUCGCUGCGGACACCAGGCAGUUCAUGCCUGAUUACAGAAUGCCGCCAGUUCAGCUCACACAGGACUUCGACUUCUUCACGGUGGAGCUGGACAAAAGUGUGAAGGGCUUCGGUUUCAGCAUCCGUGGAGGGCGGGAGUACAAGAUGGACCUGUUUGUCCUACGACUGGCAGAGGACGGACCGGCCAUCCGCAACGGGAGGAUGAGGGUCGGGGAUCAAAUCAUUGAGAUCAAUGGAGAGAGCACCCGCGACAUGACGCACGCCAGAGCCAUCGAGCUGAUCAAGUCCGGAGGUCGGCGUGUUCGUCUUCUCCUAAAGAGAGGGACAGGGCAGGUCCCAGAGUACGCCUCUUUAUGAGUGAAAACCUCAGAAACCGUAAAAAGAAAAGUUACUCUCAACUAAGACACAUUCUAAGGUGAGUAUUUUUAAAUCUGUUUGCAAGAGACCAUAACCUGGUCUUUCAUCACACCGGGGCACCGCGACAUUCAGCCGCACACGACCUGCCCAGACACAAAGUUAGCGUGAAGCCGGUCGAGCAUGUUGGAGCAUUUGGCAGAUAAACACUCAGAUGUUUCCCUCGGGAGUCGGUGAAGUGCAAACAGGGAGUAAAAGAGGAGCGAAUAUUGGAGUUGCGUUCAUCAGGUCGACACAAACACGACUCCAGAUGAAUCAAUGAGAACAGUUCAACAGCUUUUAAUGAGGAUAUUUAGGUGUUAGGUUAAAGUUAGUGUCUGCUGAGCUGAAGUGAACCCAAAAAAAUCUGUUCCUGCAGCUUUAAGGAGGCACAGACGUAACAUGAAGGUAGCAGCUAAUGUUUUAUAAAGUCCAGCAUGAUCUAAUGUCCCUCACUGUGCAGGACAGAAGCUCCUGUGUUCUUACAAUGACCAGGUUCUCUUGUUUCUCCCCCUCAGUCCUGUAUCUAAUCUGCUCACUCGCUGCCAUGAGAGCCUCUUUAUAAUUGGGCCUCGCGGCGCUGGUGUAGUUAGCCCUCGCCUCUGCCCUCUGCCCAGCCCACUGAAAGUGACUGAUGGCCGGGACUCAUCAGUGCAGAAGCGGAAGCUAACAGUCCGUGAGAGUGGACGAGCGAGCUGCAGAUUCACUGCAGCUGGAUACACUCCUCUUCAGGCCUCAGAGAGAGAGAGAGAGGGGCACUUGGCCCCUGAGGUUUUUCAUUCUCGCUAAAGCACCACCCUAUUGGGCACAUCAUCCAUUUCAUUAAACCUGUUUUCGAUUUUCCGCCAAGGUCUUAGAUUGGCCGAGGCUUUAAAGAGAGCUAUGGGAGGCAGAUAGAUGUUGUCUAAAAGUAGAGCCGCCCUGUGACACGCUCUGAAGUAGGUUGCUGUGCCGCGCUGAUAUUUACUUUAAUGCUUUUAGCUUGUAGAAUAGGAAUGAUUGCUGUGGUGAUUAUUUUGGUUUUGAUUUAGUGUUUGUGUUUGGUUAUGCAGUGGCGUGCAUGCAAGCUUUCCAAUUGAACUUGUGCAUGUGUGUGUGUGUGUGUUUUUGUGUGGCUUUCGUAUUAUUGACUGAGUGUG